AUGAGUUGUUUCUUGGGGUCGUCGCCACAAAACAAAAGCAGAGAGAAUGAAGGCUCAUCCAUGGCUGCUCCCUAUGAACAAGAAUUCCCGCCGUGGAGUGAUCGGAGACAAAUAACAUUAUUGGAUUCGGUGGCAACGAACAAAAGAUCACCGAAAAAUGCCAAGGCAAAGAGUUUCACGUUCCGGGAAUUAGCGACGGCUACAAACAGUUUCCGGCAGGAGUUCUUAAUCGGAGAAGGAGGGUACGGGCGGGUUUUCAAAGGAAAGAUUGAGAAGACAGGACAGGUGGUGGCUGUGAAGCAACUUGAUCGGAAUGGAUUACAAGGGAACAAAGAGUUUCUAUUAGAGAUCUUCGCGUUAAGUAGUCUUAAUCAUCCCAAUCUUGCUAAUCUCAUCGGAUAUUGUCUUGAUGGAGACCAGAGACUUCUUGUUUAUGAGUUCAUGCCUCUUGGUUCCCUCCAAGAUCAUCUCCUUGAUGGUGUUCUUGGACAACAAACACUGGAUUGGAACACUCGGAUAAGGAUCGCUUUAGGAGCUGCAAAAGGGCUCGAGUAUCUCCAUGAAAAGGCAAACCCUCCGGUGAUAUAUGGAGAUUUUAAAUCGUCAAAUAUAUUGCUGAACCGGGAUUACGAUGCGAAUCUAUCGGAUUUUGGUUUGGCAAAACUUGGCUCGGUUAAGGACACACAAAAUGCAUCUUUCCGAGUUGUGGGAACUUAUGGUUAUUGCGCUCCUGAGUAUCAUAAAACCGGUCAGCUAACGGUUAAAUCUGAUGUAUAUAGUUUUGGAGUCGUUCUCUUGGAACUCAUAACCGGUAAACGAGUUAUCGACACAACGAGACCAAGUCAUGAACAAAAUCUUGUCACUUGGGCACAACCGAUAUUCAGAGAACCAAAUCGAUACCCAGAGCUAGCGGACCCACUUCUUGAAGACGAGUUCCCGGAAAAAAGUCUGAACCAAGCCGUAGCAGUAGCGGCUAUGUGUCUUCAAGAAGAACCAAUAGUCCGACCAUUAAUCAGCGAUGUGGUCACUACCUUAAGUUUUUUGAGUACUGACGUGUGUGUGUUAGCUCCAAGAAAUGUGAACUCGUAA